CGGCAUCCGUACAGGUUAGAAUCGUGGUCAUCGAUGAGAUCGGUAAGAUAGUUAAGCAUCGGGCCAGGUGAAAAUUGUCUACGUGAUGAUUCAAAUUAAUAAGAACUGCUAUGCGUCCAUUCGUGAUACGCUUCUAUUAUAUCAACCUGCUCCUGCAUUUCUUUGAUUGUUUCGUUAUAUUUUUAUAUCCCGACGGAGAUUUUACUCUUCUCUUGAUUUUUUCCUUCAGGAAAAAAUAUCAGAAAGACUAUAAUAGAUCUUGACCAAACCUGGUAUGUUGGUAGACCUUAACCCCCUCAGUAACCAUCUGCAAUAUUAUUUGGUAGACUCUUUUAGUUCCUGAGAUAUGAACAUCCAAAGUUGGAAUUUCGACUUAGUCAAAAUUCAAUGAAAUUCUCCAUAACUAGUCAGAACCAGUUGCAAAUGCAUGAAAAGCAUGUUUCUGAGCAAAUGGAGACAAGUCAUGAAGAAUCAGUCAUGUGUUUCUAACAUUUAUAAGGGUUUUGAUAAGGGUUAGUCAUGCCUUGUGUAUGAAGUCACUCUAGAUUAUAAAGAGGUCAUCAUAAAGAAACGGAUUUUGACUUUCCCAAUCAAGAGAAAAACGACUUUUUUCUUUCGGAAAUUUUGCUGGUACGUGAGCGUAAAGAAUGCAACGGUGGGAUAUAUUGUAAUGGGUAUUUUUUCGAUGCCGAACAUAGAAACGAUUCAAAUUUCGUUUUAGUCUUUAUUAAUUUCCAUUUUCAUCUUCAUUUUUCUGUGGCGGACUGUUUUUGGGAAAAGGUUUUCCGGGCCUUUAUGUUUUGUAGAACUGUAUAUCAUGCGCGAUCGAACUCGAGGGCUGCCAAUAAAAGUGGCGAUUGCCAGAACCUCGGUUUGGUCGAAGCAGGGCCGGCGUGACCUUUUGCGGGGCCAGAAUACACAUUCAAAUCCUAUACUUAAAUUUCACAAUAAGGAAUUAUUUAUUAUAAAUACAAAGGAUGUUACAUAUAUUUUUUGUAAAAUGAAUAUUGCAUAAUUUUUCUCGCUUUUUUCGCUGCAAAAUCUUUGAUUACGUCAUCAAAAUUGAUUCUAUUGAAAGAAUAGCCAGAGAUGAAAAUCGGUCUUGGCUUAUUGAUGAUCGAAGAUAAUUUUUUAUUAGUUUCAAUCGCGAGUUUUCGUAGACCACGGGGCUUUUCAAAACGCGAGACCGGCCUCGCGCCGCCCCUGGGUCAAAGGAGUAACUAAGUGCCAAGGGUAACGAAGCUAGGGCUUGAAAGCAGAGGGUUAUUUUCCCUCCUUCCAAUUUUCCUUUGGACGACGAUUUGAUUUCAACAGAAAAACGGCAGAAGGUACCGGACAGUCGCCACGAGCACUACAUACUCAUCGCACCAUCAGCGCUUUAAUAAUAAACGUUAUUAUUUGGUACUAAGUAUUUGAAUCAUUAUACACCCACGUCACGUCCUAAAUUUCCAAUAAAGUUUUUCCUGAAGAAAAUUUCACUACAUAAAUUUACCAGUAAAUAGAUAGACGAAUAUUUAAGUCUGGAUCCAAAUUUCAUGAAUGAACGGAGUCGAGUAAAAGCGUAAGUCAACAAAUGAAUUCACGAUAAUCGUUGGACAAGUUGACUGUCCAAGUAUUUCGUAAUUGUGCCAUGACAUUCGUUUCCAUUCGAUUACGCGUUCACCGAUCCUCGUAACUAUGAAUAAUGAAUGACGGAUAGUAACCGGUAGGCCGUUAGAAGUGGUUUGAAACGAUCCGGUUUUCUUUCGUUCUUCAUCUCGUUGACCGAGUAGAAAUAUUCUCACACCAAUUGCACCUAUGUAUGUACAGUGGGCACAGGUCCAUUAGACAAAAACAAGGAUUAUCAAGCUAAGUUUCUUAGCGACCGGAGAACAAUGUCCAUCAUUCCGCUGUUCCUGAUACUCUUCUGCAGUUCCGCGCUAACUGCGGAAACGGAAACAGAAGAUGCUAAACUCAAUAAACGAGGAAUCAUCGGUUCCGGUGGAUGGAUUGGGAUACCGAAUCCACACUCUUACGGUCACGGUCAACCUUGGGUAGCAAGUCCUUCCUGGAGGAAUUUUAAAUUUCCCUCCUUUGAUUUAGCUCAUCAUGGGUUGUACGGAGGUUUACCCUAUGGUAGAGCACCAGCUAUCCCUCUUCCAAUUGGCAGGGCAGAUUUAGUGAAGCCGGUACCGGUAUAUAUAACAAAACACGUGGUCGUGGAGAAGCCAGUACCCAUUCCGCAGCCGGUUUAUAUCGAAAAACCGUACCACGUGCCGGUGGAGAAGGUGAUCCCUAUUCCAGUCGAAAAGAUCAUUCAUAAACCGGUCCCGGUUCCAUUUCCGGUACCCGAGGCUGUUCCGGUAACGGUAGAACGGGCAGUACCGAUACCGGUAAAACAUCCUGUACCCGUACCUGUACCUGUUCAACAGCCGUAUCCGAUCCCCGUGAAGCAAGCCUUUCCAGUACCAGUUCCGGUUCCAUAUCCGAUCCCGAUACACCCACCACCCAUCUCCCUCUAUGGUCCAGCUGCUCUACCAGCUGCUUACUACGCUCGAGGAUACGGUCCUGGACACGUUUAUCCAGCGGUACACGCUCCUUCGCUCUCCGCGCAUUUUCUUCAUGGAUAUGGCCACGGUUUUGACCACGGAUUUGGCCAAGACUUCGGUCACGGCCACGGUCACGGUUACGCCUACCCACCACUUUCAUACGUUCAAGACUACGCUCACGGUCAUGGACACGGGCACGGACAUGAACAUGGACAUGGGCAUGGACACGAACACAAGAAACGAAGCAAGAAUUAAGAGAAUCGCUCUCAUCGUUGUCCAAAGCUAGACUCUUAUUCUUCACUUUUUCAUUUAAGAGUGUAACGUUCCUUUUUUUUAUUUUUCGUUAGAUACUUAUUAAUUACGUCAUCUUACGUGAUCGAUGUCUUACAAACAUAUUUAUACACCUUUUUCAAUAAGGGUAUAAGUCGUCGAUAGUUAAGUUAUUCUUUAUGUUGUACUUUCUUGUUGAUUAUUUGAAUAGAGAUAUGAAACCAUGCGAAUUGACUAAUCGCUAUUUCCAUGUAGCUACAAGCAUGUAGUUUAAAUGAAACUUUUUCAUCGUCAGUUGUUAAUUCAUAUACCUUACUCUGUACAAUUGUUUGUAAGUCUGAUUUUGUAGGCCUGUGUAACACAGUACGAUAGCUUAAAUACAGAAUUAGAUCUUUUAACUAGAUAUCUUUUUCGUUCUUUUAAAUAAAUAUUCAUGAAUAAUUUAA